GUGGCGGAGAAUAACUCAGGCUUGCAUGAUGUUCUUAAAGAGAGGCUGUGAAAUGCGUGCAGAUACCACAUUUUUCCUCUGCUGCAGCAGUUGACUGAACACACAGCGGUGCUACUGCAGGAAUGAGGCUCAUUUCAUGGUGUGAUAUAAUCCACUGUAUUAAACUGAUGAUUAUAAUCCUGCCUGGGUCUAAUUAGGCGACAUGGUUAAACUCUGACUCCCCUUUAUUUCACACGUGCCCUGCUGUGGACCGUUUUAUUCCCACGCUACAUCAGCUGUCUACAGUAACAAACCCUCCUGCUGUAAUGCGCGCUCCCUGGAGCGGCGGGACUGCGCUCCUAACUUGCGGUCGCCAUGGCUGCGGUGAGGAGGACUGUGGUGCGCAUCGCAGGGAGAGAGAUUAGAUGUCCAGUUAGUAGUUGGUGUUAAAUACAGCUUCUGUUAGUGAUCUGCACGCAGGGUCAGCUGGUGACUGGCAGCUUUCUUGGCAUCAGGAAAGAUAAUGACGGAGAUGUAACUAAGCUUCAGGAUCAUCUUCUUUCCUCGAAGUUGUCUUCAUCCAGUCCUCGGCAUGCUCCACUCACAGAUCCCCAACUCACCUGCUGGAUCAGACCGUCAACAUGAACGUCUUCGUGCACUUCCGAAGUUGUUCCAGAGACUACGGGGGCAUCAUGUCGGUUCUGGGCUCGGACUCUUGGUGGAAGAAGACUCUGUACAUCACCGGGGGGGCCCUGCUGGCUGCUGCAGCCUACCUACUGCACGAGCUGCUCGCCAUCAGGAAGGAGCAGGAGCUGGACUCUAAAGAUGCCAUCAUCCUCCAUCAGUUCUCCCGGCCAAAGAAUGGCGUCCCCAGCCUCUCACCCUUCUGCCUCAAAAUAGAGACGUACCUGCGCAUGGUGGAUCUGCCCUACCAGAACUACUUUGACGGGAAGCUGUCGCCGCAGGGUAAGAUGCCCUGGAUCGAGUACAACCACGAGCAGGCGUCAGGGUCUGAGUUUAUCGUGGACUUCCUGGAGGAGAAGCUGGGGGUCAAUCUCAACAAGAACCUCACCCCUCAGGAGAGAGCCGUGUCCCGAGCCGUCACCAAAAUGGUCGAGGAACACCUUUACUGGACGAUAGCCUACUGCCAGUGGGUGGACAACCUGGAGGAAACUCAGAAGCUGCUGGCCAUGAGCGGACCUCUUAGCGACACGCUGAAGUGGCUGCUGAGCCACCUGAACGGCAGCAUGGUGCGCAGGGAGAUGUACGGCCACGGCAUCGGACGCUUCUCCAAGGAGGAGGUGUACGCACUGAUGGAGAAGGACAUGAGGACGCUGGCCACUCUGCUGGGAGAUAAAAAAUACUUCAUGGGCUCCAAGAUGUCUACAUUAGAUGCUACAGUGUUUGGGCAUCUAGCUCAGGCCAUGUGGACUCUACCUGGGACACGACCAGAGCAACUCAUCAAAGGAGAGCUGAUCAACCUGGCCAUGUUCUGCGAGCGGAUGCGGAGGAGGUUCUGGCCCGAGUGGUUUGUGGAGGUGGAGGAUCUUUACUAUGAUGGAGACAGUGAGAGCAGCAGUGGUGGCUCCCCUACAGGCCAGCUAGACUUUGGCCUCUUCUCCAGAACUGACACUCUGGACGACAGCGACGGCAGCAGCCAGUCAGCCGGACACAGUCACACAAACUCCCCCGACUCCGACCACUCGCUCUUUGACUCGGACGUGGGCACGGGGUCUGACAAUGACAUUCAGCUUAAAGAGGAGUUAAUGCCGGACCUGGAAGUGUGACCUGCGAUCGGCUGACAGCUUGAGACUGACGGGAGGCUGGAACAUUUUGCUGUGCGGUUUUUGCUUCAUAAGAUCUGGCUGGAACAACCUGUCCAGACGACAGCUCGCACAGCUGAAGAAAAUAUUCCAGCUCUUCCAACUGCACUACCCAACAUGUUUCAGCAUCCUAAUGGACAGACUGGGUGUUUAUAUGCAGAGGAUACAAACUGAACCUCCUAAUAAUACACAUGCUACUGUACGGUUUGUCCCCUCCCGUAACAUCAGAACUGUCCCCGCGGCGGUUCGUCUUUGCCUUAUUUGUUUCGUCCUAAGAUGCAGAAGCUGGUGUGAAAGGUUAACACAAGGGAAACAUCUCAUCUAAUGAAAAGUGCGGCUGCAACGGAAGAGCGUUGCAAGACAAGACAGGUGGCUCUUCACUUGCUAUGAAAUGAUGCAACUAAUCACCACUCUGCCACGUGUCAUAACGCACAAAUCCAUUCAGACAGGUAGAGAUUGAUCAUGCAUGUGGCUACAACGGAACAGCUGCUGUGUCUCUGCUGUUUAACCAUCCAUGAGCUGAAGAGUAAACGCAGAUGACAUGGAGUGCCAGUCCAUGCCCCUAGAUUGAUCCCUGUGUCAUUUCCUUUACUGUAUGUGGAAAGAAUCUGUAUCAAGAAUGAUUAGUGUCUCUAUCAGACUGCGACUCGAGAUCCACUAGUAGGCCUGUUGAAUAUGAGGAAGGAUGAGCAGAUUUGUGCCUGUUUCAUUUACCGGUUAUCAUCCUUAUUUCUCUCCAGUAAGUGAAUAUCUUUUUGCACUUUGUUACUGUUGAACUUUGAGUUUUUGGUCAUUUCAUUUCCUUUCAGUCUCAUUCAAGAGCUGUAGUUUGUGUAUUUGACCACUAGAUGGAGUCAGCAGUCAGCCUGUUGCCUUCUCCAUUCUGUAACGUCAAGGUCAUUCCAUCCAGACAGCUCUUUUAACUCAUGAAAUUACUUCUACUUCAUUCCAAAACUUUAAUAUUGUGGUUCCUAUUCAGAGGUGACCUGUCAGAGUGUGUAGGUGUGAUGUGCGAUUGCAUGCCUACUUACAUACUGAAAAAGUGAGCACAGCAUUAAAUCAGCCUUAGUGCUCAGAACAUUAAAACAAUGGGUGACACUUCUCUACAACAGUUACUGUUGUGAUAUUAUUUAUUAUCAGUGCCGUGUGGUUAUUAUUCUUUCUUAUGUGUCAAAUAUAUAUUUUUUGUUAAUCUUUGUUUUCUUAUUGCUCUCAAAGAGAGAUGUUAUUUUGCACUAGUGGAAAUUUAUUUUCACCUUAUUUCAGUGGGAGAAGUCUGCUGUGAAGGUACAGAAUAGGCUAAAUGAAUGAGAAACAUGGAUGUAAAGGAGGACGCUGAGUGUUUUAAUCAUGAAUCCACCGCGAGGGGACUGUGCUGCUUAUGUCAGCUGUGUGUAUGUGAAUGUUACUGGGUGUGAAUGUCAUCAGUGAAGCAGUUGAUGAAAAAGUCUUUGCAGACUGAGUCAGAAUACCAAAUCAAUCAGAACUGCAUAUCGCUACAUGAAAAAGUUAGAAUUUGGACCAAAAAGUCUGGAGAAGUGUUUGCUUUUGUCUGUCACGUUAAGCUAGGUGGAGGUGCACGUAAUCGAAAUGUGAUGCCUGUAAAAAGAGAUUGUGGUUCACAUAGAGUAGGUGUGGUUCGUAUUGAAGGGUCGGAAACACCCAAAUUACAAAAUACCUUCUCUUACUUACAUCAAAUGGUAUCUAGUCAUGCAGAUAGUUUUGGUUUUGUUGGUCCAGGUUUUGUUCUUUAUCAGUCUCUAAUACAGGAAACACAUUGUCAGGGGGUUUCAUAGUGCCUGUUUCAUCAGUAGAAAGUAGUUCCAAUGAAACAGUUUAGAAUGGAGCUGUGGCAAAAAAAAAAAAAAAAAACAGACUAAAAUGACUGCAGACAUGUAAAUCAGACACAUGAAUUUGAACAAAGCACAUGUUGAGGUAAAAUCUGAUUCAUGUCAGGAGGAACUAGGAGUUGGGUCUUAGAGUUUUAGAUUUUGUCAACCAUAAAUUAGAUACUAAAAUUAAACACAUCAAAUAUUACAUAUUUUACAGUGUUUAAAACUGUAGUUUGGAUGUCCAUCACAAAGCGACAGCUGUCAGGAGGAUGUGUAGGUUUAGGAAACAGAAACGUUUCUGUAUAUUUAUUAAAAGCUGCUAUAGUCAGUAUUUUUAUAUUAACAAUGAAUCAGAUGUAUGUAUAAUGUGAUCGGAGUCAGCUGCAGUGAUGAACCUGCAGUGAAUUAUCCCCUGACUUUACAGUUUCCCUUAACUCGAUGGAGAGUUUUAGCACCUCUCACCUUAUUGUUUCACUUUUACGACUAACAACGUCAUGGUUUCAGUUCGACUUUACUGUUUUUAUCUGCAUCAUUGUCAGAAAUACAGACACAACAACUAGCUAGUGGACAUAGUUGAUAUAUUUCCCUCAGGAGUUGGACACCAAACCAACAAUAAAUGUAAAGGCAGUGUUGUAUUUACAGUCUGUUCUGGUGCCCCACUUAUCAAAAAUAAACCAGUUCAACUUUAAAUAUUCAAUCCAAUUCCAUUCACUCUCAUUGUACUGGAGAAAAGGUGGUUAUCUUAAAACCUGGACAAGGAAAACCCAAUCUAGAUGCACAUCUCGUACCAUUUGAGGUACCUGAGUAGAUUUGACUUUUUGCAGUUUGAGGGAAUAAAACGCUUUUUAAAAUUGUAGCCUUGAUAAGUGAGUUAGUUGAGCGAAGAGCAGAGUUUGAUCCAGAUGUUGGGAUUGUUGUAACAACCUUCUUCCAUCAUGUCGUCCUGACCCACCUCGGCGUGGGUCGUGUGCUUUUCUGUCGCCUCAUCCAGUCUGGGCGUCAUAUACAGUUGGACUGCUUUAAUCAAGCCAUAUUAAAACUAGAUGUCUUGUUAUUGGAACCAUGUCAUAGCAUUACUGCUGGCGUAAUGUAAAUAUUGUAUGUGUGACAAAGUGUAGAAUACUGUAUGUAGAGCUGACUGACUGAUCAAACUACCUAUGGCUGUGCAGUCGUUAAAAACCAGAGCGACUGGAUGAUUUCAUUAAAGAAUAGCUGUGACAAUUUUAAAUACGUUGUCAUUACUGAAUUUAUUCUGCAUCUUUAUCAUGUGUUUGGGGUUAAUAAAAACAGCCUUGAUCUCA